CUCUCCCUGUCUAUCUCCCACCUAGCCCGCCAGUCUGCCAGCCCCCGGUCCCUUCCGCCUCUUGCCCCCAGCCCGCCAUAGGCACGGCCAUCCCGGCCAGGAAACGCCGCGGCGCCGCGCGGGCCUAGCGUGAGUCCUGCUGCCUCGGGAGUGCCGCGCAUCACAGCCGGGCCCGGGCCCUACAGCGCCUGGGACACAGAUCUUGUUCAUCAGGAUUACAUCAUCUCUGGGAGAAUGUCCAAGGUCCGAAGCCCCGGUACAAAGAUGUUCUGAAGCAGAUGAGGCCUGUUCCCUUUCUGAAGCGGCACUCUUCUUCCUGCCAGUCUUCUUCACAGGAUUACUGAAGUGGACCUGUUCAGAGUUUCUUUCACUGGAUUGGCUGCUUAUUGGACUUUGUCUCCCAGCUGCUUCCGGCUCACCUGGCUGAUGCAAUAUCUUUCUCUGAAAUCUGUGUUGGAAUUGGCUCUUGUAACACUUUUUGUUUAUCUUCUCUGGGAGUGGCCAGACAGAUCAUGAGUGCCUUGCAUUCUGUAAGUCAUGUGGAGAAGGGAUCAUCAGAAUGACAAUUGCUGAGGCGACUCUGCCAUCCUGGAGAAAUCCUGUUCUAAAGGACAGGGGUGACUGUCAAGUGUCUGGCAUGCUCUGUUCGACUCCUUUCCCUGGAAACAGUGCAUAGAUGAUGACUCCUAGAGGGUGUUCAGUGCCGAGAGAUUCUCUGAUUCCACACCUGCUUCAAACAACAGCCUGUGGCUCCAUGUGGAUUUUAUUGGAUUCUUCUGGGAAUUGUGAUGCUGACAAGAAGUUCAGAAUCUGCGGCAGUCAUGGUCUCUUUACUACUCGCACUCAUACACCCUUUUUUUCUCUCGUUUUCUCUCUCUGUUCUUCCUUCCUUCCUUCCUUACCACUCCUAAAGGAUACCGCUCCCUCCGUGGUAAUUUCGUUUUUCUGCUUCAAUAUUUUGCCUCUCCUCAUCUUGAAUCUACUCUAAAAUACAAAUCAAAAUCUUCAGAAGACGCUGGCAGAGAGGUUAUUGGGACUUCACAUCCACUGGUCAAUAUAAAGGUUUCCUCAUGUCCGUGACAUGUUGGUUGAUGCUUUGCGGCUCACCCCCGCUCUCAGAGUGGUCAGUCUCCAUUAAGUGGACCCCCUGAUCCCCACCUUCGCUGUGCCGGACGUCAUGAGCAUUGCAAUUCCUCUGGGAGUCACCACACCAGAUACAUCCUACUCCGAUAUGGCUGCUGGAUCCGAGGUAUCCUGUCUUGGUAGUGAAUGGAAGAGGGCCUGGCCCCUGGGGCAGUGCAGAAGGCACUUUCAUCAUCUCACUCACUGCAAAUGUCAUGUGAGAUUUCAUGGAAGUAUUAAGAGAUCCAAUUAAGAAGAAUAGUUUUGGGUGUAAACCAGCCGAGAGUGACUUCUCUGGGGGAAACUCCCCCUUCAGCUGCCCAGAAUCUGUGGAAGCUAGUCCAGCUGUUAGUGAGAAGAACGUGUAUUCCACUCACAGCUAUGGGACCACCCAGAGGCUUGGGUACCGAGGACUGCCUUAUGCUGACCAUAAUUAUGGAGCCCCUCCUCCUCCGACUCCCCCUGCUUCUCCUCCUGUUCAGACCAUCAUCCCCAGUGCGGAGCUGAAUGGCCUGCACUUGCCAGAUGAGGAAAACUCUGGGGACAGUGAGACCUCAGCGGGUGACUCCAUUCCCAACUGGUGUCACUGUGGUCUCUCUCAGGAUGGUUUCUUCCUUAAAUGUGAUAAGUGCAGGGGAAUGAACAGUGGGAACGUGAUUAGACUGCAGCACAGGAAGCAGGACAAUGAAUCCGGUGGGGACAGUAGUGCAACUGAAAGCUGGGAUGAGGAGCUAUCCCCCUCCACAGUAUUGUAUACAGCAACUCAGCACACACCUACAAGCAUCACCCUAACUGUUAACCGGGUGAGAAGAACCAAGACCAAGAAGAGGAAGAAGAGUCCAGAAAAAGCUCGUGCUGCUCCUAAGACCAAAAAAAUCAAGGCAUUUCGAGAGGGAUCACGGAAGUCGUUGCGGAUGAAGAAUUCUCCUUCUGAAGCACAUGCUCUAGAUGAGAAUACAACUGAGGGCUGGGAAAACCGGAUUCGACUUUGGACCGAUCAGUAUGAGGAGGCUUUCACUAAUCAGUACAGUGCAGAUGUUCAAAACCUCCUGGAACAGCAUCUAACUUCUAACAAAGAAUUUGUGGGUGAAGCUGCUGUCUUGGACACCAUCAAUAAGACAGAAUUGGCCUGUAAUAAUACAGUCGUUGGUUCUCAGAUGCAGCUACAGCUAGGUAGAGUGACUCGGGUUCAGAAACACCGGAAGACCCUAAGGGCGGCAAAGGACUUGGCAUUGGACACCCUCAUAAUAGAAUAUCGAGGAAAAGUGAUGUUACGGCAGCAAUUUGAGGUCAAUGGGCAUUUCUUCAAAAAACCAUAUCCCUUUGUGCUGUUCUACUCAAAAUUCAAUGGUGUAGAGAUGUGUGUGGAUGCCCGCACUUUCGGCAAUGAUGCUAGGUUCAUCAGACGAUCCUGUACACCCAAUGCAGAGGUGCGCCACAGGAUUGCAGAUGGGAUGAUCCAUUUAUGUAUCUACGCAGUCUCUGCCAUCACCAAGGAUGCAGAAGUCACCAUCGGUUUCGAUUAUGAGUACAGUAACUGCAGUAAUUACAAAGUGGACUGCGCGUGUCACAAGGGAAACCGGAAUUGCCCCGUGCAGAGACGAAAUCCCAGUGCUGGAAAUCCUCUACCUCCACCUGCUGCCAGUCUAAUGACCAUUGGGGCCGAGACAAGACGACGGAAGGCCCGUCGUAAGGAGCUGGAGAUGGAACAGCAGAGUUGUGUUGUGGAUGAGAAUAGUACCCAGAAAGCAGAGGAGGCUCCGGGGGGAGUGACCACAACUAGUAAUAAAGAGGAGGCAAACAGUCUGGAAGAGAAAGCAGGUGCACAGAAAGUAGAGGCUGUCAAUGAGCAGAGCGUCCUGCCACAGAGCAAGCGGUCCCGGGAAGAGAGGAAGGUGGAAGCCAUCAUGCACAUGUUUGAAAAUAUGGAGAAGAGAAAGAGACGGAAAGAGCAGCCUUUGGAACGGAGCAGCACAAGCCUAGAGGCCACUCUUCAGUCAGAGGCUCCUCACCCAGAAGAAAAGAAAAACGAGCCAGCCAAACCCGAAAGCAGCAACUCAGCUUCGAAUGUCAUGACCCCUAGUGUGCCAAUCAUCAGUGGCAUGAACACACGGAGAUCUGCCCAGGCAGGGGAUGCAGCUGCUGAAAAGCCUGUCUCUAAACCAACUCCAGCCAAGCCUUCUAGGCCUCGACCCAAGAGUCGCUUUUCUCGGUACCGGACUGGGUCAGCACAAAGACUGAAGCGUCAGAAGCAGGCCAAUUCACAGCAGGUGGAGCUAUCUCAGGUUGCCUCCGAGGAGGGAAAAAAUGGCAGCUCAGUAACAGCAGCAGAAGUUAGAAGCAUGGAGAAUCAAGGCGAAAACAAGCCAGUGCCAGGGUCUGACCCCGCAGCAACCCUGGCUACUGGGACCCAGGUUAACCGGGCUGCAUUCAAGUACCCCAAAACCAAAAAGUAUCUAGUUACAGAAUGGCUGAAUGACAAACCAGAGAAGCAGGAGUGCCCUAUUGAGUCCCCUUUGCGUAUUACCACAGACCCAACAGUUCUGGCAACAACUCUGAACAUGUUGCCUGGUCUUACCCAUUCCCCAUUAAUUUGCACCACUCCCAAGCACUACAUCCGCUUUGGCUCACCCUAUAUCCCAGAGAGGCGUCGAAGACCCCUUCCUCUGGAUGGCAACCUUGUUUCCUGUAAGAAGCGUUGGUUGAAGCAAGCCUUAGAAGAAGGGAUGGCUCAGACCUCAUCUGUACCCCAAGAGAAUAGAAUCCAGCAACUUUACCAAAGCAAUGAAAGCAGUAGCUCCUCCAGCAUCAGCAAAGAUACUGCAGACUUAUUGAGCCCAAUAAAGCGAUGGAAGUCUCGCUAUCUGAAGGAGCAGAACGUUGCCAAGUUACUGAGGCCUCUAACUCCAAUCAUAUCUCCCAUCCCUUCCAUUCGUGGCUCGCUGAGCUCACAGCUUACCACACCCAGCUCGUCCUUUCCAGGAGUGGAGAAUUGUCGGAAUGGAACUGAUCUAAUGUUCUCACCAGCUCAAAUUCUUGCUUCUAGUCGCUGCAAUACUCCACUUCAAUUUGAGAACAUAUCCUCCCCUGAGAGUUCCCCUGCGCAUAGGCCCGCGCCCCUGUCACCUGAGGCUCUUCCUCAAAAGAAGCAGCAUUUGACAAAGGUAGCAUUCCUGAAAUCCAACACUAAAGACUGCCUGGAGAAACUGGCCCUACCCCACCCAGGGCCAGCCGACCUUGUUCUUCAGCUCUCUACCGCUUCUACGGCAGAGUCCAUCGUCUUGGGAAAGAGUGGAGGUGUAGAACCGAUCCUCGUGAGAAACUCAGACCUGGCCGUUCGGACAGAGUUUAAUUUAAUGUAUGCCUUCUCGCCUUUGAACGCUAUGCCUCGCCCAGAUGGAUUGUCACGAGGCUCUCCCCAGGUGGGAGAUAGAAAGCCUUUCAUUUCCGACAGAGGAUAUUGUGGCUCUCCUGCAGAAGGCUAUUCCAGCAGAUACGAACACAUUCUUCUUAAAGGGACAUCGUAUGGAUCCCUGUCUCCAUUCAGCGAGAGAGCCUUUGAAGGACUCAAGUCUGUCCCCCAGAACCCACCUCAGAAGAAAAAGGUUUCUCUGCUGGAGUAUCGUAAACGAAAACAGGAAGCCAAGGAGAGCACUUCUUGUAUGGGAGGUGAUUCUGUACCAUGUACAGGAACUCCCACUCGGCAAGGCAGCAAUAGCUCGGUGUCUGACGCUGACACCUUUGGAAUACAGGGAUCGUUCGUCCGGGCCCCAACAUCUCCUCAUUGCAGCUUAUCCCCAUCAUAUCCCUCAGAGCCCCAGGUAGAGGAGACAAGCCCAUCAGAGGUCAGGGGCACUCCUCCCUCCUCGUCUCACAGCAAACCUCAAGAGAAUAUCAGCAGCAGAUGGAUGGUCCCCACAUCCGUGGAGCGACUCCGAGAGGGCCGUGGCAUCCUCAAGAAGGUCCUGCGCAGCGGGGCGAAGGUGUCACAGAGAAGGGAGCCCUCCCCCAUAUGGGAAAGCCCUGCAGAAAUAGUCCCAGACACUGCCGAGGGAGAUGGUCCAGAGACGUUGAACUCCGCUGCCACCAAAAGACCAGCCGUUUACAGUCCUUCUAGAUACAGCUACCAGGUCCUGCCUUGUGAUAGUCCACGAGCAGAGCCCCCAAAUCUCCUCCAGAGGAGCGCUUCUCCCUAUAGAGUACACCCCACUCAAACUAUGGGAUACAGUUACCGAGCCACAGCACUGAGAUCUGGACAUCCCCCCUCUCACGGUUCUUCAGAAUCCUCCCUCUCUUCUACUUCUUCUUAUUCCAGCCCCACCCACUUGGUAUCCACUGACUCAUUACCACUGUUUGCUGGGGCAACAGGGUAUUACAGCAGCCAACAGCAUUCUGGGAGCAGCACUGGCACCAAUCUUUUGAAGAGGAGCUGCGACCCAACUGCUGCUAGUCCCUCACCGCAGGGCACCUCAGACUCUCUAACCUCAGACUCUGUUUCUCAGCCCAGCACAGGAACUCUGAGUUCCACUUCUACCCCUCUGAAUUCUAGAGCGUUGCCGUCGGACUUGCGGACUAUGAACCAGCCCAGAGCUGGGCAGUCAGCUUCCUGCCAGACCUCCAGGGUAUCGACCGUAACCAAUUCACAGCACUACCCACACCGUGGGGGAGGGGGAGUCCAUCAGUACCGACUGCAGCAGCUGCAAGGGUCUGGAGCAAAGACCCAGAAGGGACUUUCCUAGGGCUUCUGGAUUUGGGCAAACAAGACUGAACGAGCCCAUGGCUGCUUCUGGCCGCCUUUGGAUCCAGGGAAGCAUGGGGAACUUACACCUGUUGCUGGG